AUGACGAGUACUUUCGACCCUCAGGGGGUUGCAACGCAGGUUUCCAUCCAGGGAUUCAUUGGGAUUACUUGGGCUGGUGCUGCCCUUGGGAUAGUUUUCGCCGCCAUCCGCAUUGCGAUCCGUCUGAAAUUAGCAAAGCGAUUGAUGGUUGACGACUACUUCGUCCUUCUCGCAUUAGCAUUCUUCGUUACGAACGCCAUUCUUCAGACCUUGCAAGCACCGCACUUAUACUAUAUGAUCCUCGAUAUGACAGGACCCGACAUCGUCUAUCAUGGAGAACACUAUACGUACUACGAAUUCGCUAUAAUCGCAAAGUCACGAACCAUCGCCGUCCGGCUCAUCUCCAUGGCCAUGACGGGCUACUACCGCACAAUGAUUCGUCCGCGCGUGCACCGACCGCUCAGCAUGCUCAAGUACGAUCCCGUCGUUAAAAAGAAGGUGCUUUUCCUUGAAGCGACCAAGGGCGGCAAGGCAAAAUAA